UGGAGCUGGAGCUGGAGCUGGAGCUGGAGCUGGAAGAGGAGAGGGCGCCCGUUGAGGACUAACAGACCCCGGGGGCCCUCGCCCUUUGGACAGGCCCAAAGCGCUUUUAUGUCAUUGUUUUACGAACAGCACGGCAAGGGAGCACGGCCUCAGCGUGCGAGGAUGCCCACGCAAACGACGGAUACUGAGGAUAUUCGAGUGAAGAUCGUCUACAAUGGGGAGGUCCAGAUCACGUACAUCACCGCGGGCAUCAGCGUGGACAAGCUGCGCGAGGAAAUGCGGACGAUCUGCGGCUUCGGGGCCGCGGGGCCCGCGCCCGAUCAGUUCACCAUGAAGUGGGUCGACGACGAAGGCGAUCCCUGUCGCAUCGCCUCCCAGCAGGAGCUCGACGAGGCUCUCAGGCUUUACGAGCUCGAGAAGGACACCGAGAUCACCAUUCACGUCUUUCCGACCGUGCCACCUGCACCGGGGAUGCCGUGCCAGGGCGAGGAUCGGAGUAUCUAUAGACGUGGUGCACGCAGAUGGAGAAAACUUUAUCGGGUGAACGGACACAUAUUCCAGGCUAAACGAUUCAACAGGCGAGCCUUCUGCGAGUACUGCAAGGACAGGAUCUGGGGUCUCGGCCGCCAAGGUUUCAAGUGCAUCCAGUGCAAACUCCUCGUGCACAAGAAGUGCCACAAGGUGAGCAAGCCUUGCCUGCGCCAGAAGCAGCAGCAGCAGCUAUCCCUGGGCGAGCAGCAGGGUACCGAGCGAAACGGCGAACAGACGCAGCCGGACUCGCCCCAGUCGAGCCCACCCGGGCACCACGACGACGACGGCGCCGAGAGCAACGCCGCCGAGGAGCAUGUCUACCGCAAUCGCGCGGUGAGUGACGUCGAGGGCGAGGAGCUCGCCCUGGAUGAGGUCGCCGGUGCGGAGGGAGCGAGCGACCGCCAGUACAGCCUCUCGGACUUUGAGCUCAUACGCGUAAUUGGGCGUGGCUCCUACGCCAAGGUCCUCAUGGUCGAGCUCAAGCAGACGAAGCGCAUCUAUGCGAUGAAGGUGAUAAAGAAGGCGCUUGUGACCGACGAUGAGGACAUCGACUGGGUGCAGACGGAGAAGCACGUGUUCGAGACGGCCUCGAACCACCCCUUCCUCGUCGGUCUCCAUUACUGCUUCCAGACUCCCUCGCGGCUCUUCUUCGUCAUCGAGUUCGUCCGAGGUGGCGACCUCAUGUUCCACAUGCAGCGUCAGCGGCGCCUCCCGGAGGAACACGCGCGCUUUUACGCCGCGGAAAUCAGCCUUGCGCUCAACUUUCUGCAUACCAAGGGAAUCAUCUACCGCGACUUGAAACUGGACAACGUCCUCCUGGACCACGAGGGUCACGUAAAGCUCACGGAUUAUGGGAUGUGUAAGGAGGGUGUGCGCGAGGGCGACACCACGGCGACCUUCUGCGGUACGCCCAACUACAUCGCCCCGGAGAUCCUACGAGGCGAGGACUAUGGCUUUUCCGUCGACUGGUGGGCCCUCGGUGUCCUCCUCUAUGAGAUGCUCGCCGGGCGCAGCCCCUUCGACAUCGCCGGCGCCUCGGAAAAUCCCGAUCAGAAUACCGAGGACUACCUUUUCCAGGUCAUCCUGCAAAAGACCAUCCGUAUACCGCGCUCCCUCUCCGUCAAGGCCGCUUCCGUCCUUAAGGGAUUCCUCUGUAAGAAUCCGGCCGAGAGGCUGGGCUGCGACAAGAGCCCCAUCGCCUUCGUAGAGAUCAUGACCCACGCCUUUUUCAAGGCCAUUGACUGGGAGAUGUUGGAGAAGAAACAGGUCACGCCGCCUUACAAGCCGCGCUUGGAUUCCGAUCGCGAUUUGGCAAACUUCCCACCCGAAUUUACAGACGAGCCAGUACAUCUCACACCCGAUGAUCCGCGAGUGAUCGACAGGAUCGACCAAACUGAAUUCGAAGGCUUCGAGUACGUGAAUCCGCUACUCAUGUCACUCGAGGACUGCGUGUGACAAGAGACGCCCAGCCGAGCG